AUGGUUGGAACCUCAAUUCCAGAAGCUUCCGGCCAAAGAAAUGGAUCUCACACCAUUCUCCCGCAAAAGAGACAGCUUUCUUCUUUAUCUCCCAGUGACAGAACGAACAGAGAGGGUAAGAAACGCUCGACGAUGCUAAUGGAUCUUGAGAUUCUCGAUUGUCCCAUUUGCUGCGAAGCCUUUACAAUUCCUAUCUUCCAAUGUGAUAAUGGACAUUUGGCUUAUUCGUCUUGCUGUCCCAAACUGAGAAAUCUAUGUCCUCUAUGUGCUUUGCAUGUUGGUCACAACCGCUGCAGGGCAAUGGAGACUUAUCUUGAAUCGAUCUUGAUCCCAUGUCAGAAUGCUAAGUUGGGUUGCACCAAGAAUGUAUUUUACGGGAAAGAAUCAAAUCAUGAGAAGAAAUGCGUCUUCUCUCGAUGCUCAUGCCCUGCAUUGGAUUGCGAUUACACUAGCUCAUACAAGGAUCUAUACCUUCAUUAUAUUAUCACCCACAUGGAUAUGGAAAUAUACCAGAGUAGUAAGUUCAGCUGUAACGUUUCCUUUAUUGUUCCGAUGAACAUCAGCAAAAAAAUGUUGAUUAGGACAGAGUACGCGAAGAAUCUUAUGUUUGCGUUGCAGUGUUUUAAGGAGCCAUACGGUGUGUAUGUGACUCUGAGCUGCAUUGCGCCAUCUGUGGAUGGACACGCUGUGAUUUACAAAUCACCUGAGGUGAAGAGGGUUCAUGGAGUGAGUUUUGAAACCUCUCUAGAGAAUUCCAUGUUGAUCCCUAACAGUUUAUUGCGUGGUGAAAUGUUGGAGAUGAAGCUUUUUAUCAAGGAGUGGUAG